UCACUGUGCGUCGAGUAAAAAACAUUUGGAAAACUUUGCCCACUUCAUAUAUUUCGCGCCUCUUCAUUGUCGUUUAGUUCCAAACUGUGUACACUACUCUUGCUAACUCGUCUACGAGGACUCUUUCAGUUCCUCUUUGGUUAUCGUGCAACAGCAACUGUAAACCCGCCUCAGUAAAACACGAGCAGCUUCACUUCCACUUUAUCAAACAUUCUCUCCGUAUGCCUCCGUCUGCGAGCGCCUGAAUCCCGCAACAUCCAGCAUGUCUCUCCCGCAACAGCUGCGCGACGAAAGUGAUUUUGACCAGCUUCCAGACAACAUCCCAGUCACCGCAACUAUUGCUGAUAUCGAGGAGAAGAAAGGUUUCAUUGUUUACUUUAGUUUUGUGAUUGAGGUGAAGACCAAAGGCAACAGUAAGUACUUAAUCUACAGAAGGUAUCGAGAGUUCUUUGCUCUGCACCAGAGUUUGGAGCUCAAGUACGCACCUGAAGCCCAGCCGGGAUACUACACCUGCCAGCUACCAACCCUGCCAGGUAAGGUAUUUAUGGGAAACAAAAAGGAGAUCGCAGAGAGCAGAAUCCCGGAGCUGAACAAUUACAUGAAGAGGUUGCUUUGUCUGCCUACUUGGGUGCUCUUGGAUGAUCUGAUACGAAUGUUUUUCUACCAGACCGAGUCUGACAGCCAACAAGUCCCCCGGGCCCUGCGCCGCCUGCGGCCCCCCACACGCAAAGUAAAAACUGUGAAGCCCAAAACGGACCUCCUCUCCGCACCCAGAGCAGAGGCGGUGUUUGACUUCAGCGGCAGCGGACGCCUGGAGCUCAGUCUGAAGGCUGGAGAUGUGAUCUUCCUCCUGCGGAGAGUCAACGCAGACUGGCUGGAGGGCACAGUGAGAGACAGAACCGGCAUCUUCCCCGAGUCGUUUGUGAAGAUCAUUAAAGCACUUCCAGAGAGUGAGUCUGAUGAAGAGGGCAGAGCUUCCAGGAACAGCCGUCAAGCUCAGGGGUCAUACAGCUGUCUGCACUGUUACCUGCUGCAGCCAGAGGGCAUCGACACCAGGGACAUUUGUGUUCAGGAGGAUCUCUCCAUCCAGCCGUCAUAUAAAGAUCUGCUGUCCAGAAUGAGGGACGUCUUUCAUGUGGAAGAUAUUGCUUUGAACUACCGGGAUGCCGAGGGUGAUCUGAUACGGAUAUUAGACGAUGAAGACGUCGCACUCAUGGUGCAGGAGAGCAAACGCACCGGGUCAAAGGUCAAACGACCCGUCAAUCAGUUUCCCUGGGAGCUGCUGGUCACGCAUGCCAAAGAUCUGACCGUGUACAACACCGAGUAUUAACCAGAGACAUGCUUUUAUGCGUCUCUCUGUAUGGUUCUUGUCAUUCCAAUCAUUGCACAUUGUUUAUUUUGUGUGGUUUUCACAUUGAAAACGUGUUUGGUUAUUACAACCACAAAUCAGAAAAAAUUGGGACACGCAAAUAACUUACUUUGACUUGUAUUUCAUUGCAGACAAUACAACAAACAAUAUUUAAUGCGUUCCUUAAGAUUUUGUUUUCAAAAUAAACACGUACUCCAGUUUUGGUUCUUGCAACACAUUAAAAAAAUUUACAUUAAAGUCUUUA